AUGAAAUUGAUAAUAGUUCUAUUUGUAUUAGCUUUGAUUCAAGACACAAAAUAAACUUCGUAAUUCACUAGAUUCAAGAAUCAAUGCAACUUUAUACCAUCCAAUAAUAACUAAAUUGUCUAAAUCUGGGGAUAUUGGAAUUAAUAACAAUGUAUUUAAUGUCGGCCUUGGUGUACUUGUUCGGACUACAUGGGAUGUAAUCAAAUCAGUUGUCCUGUUGGUCAUGUGGCUUACUAGAAGACAAAGAUUUGCAUCCCUUGUCCCAAAGGAUGUAAGGAAUGCAGAUUAGGUUAUGAAAUGAACAUUAGAAGUUGCUCAGAAUGCGAUGAUGGAUAUUAACUGAUAGGUAAAAUGUGCGUGUAAUUGACGGUUUUUCAAAUUAGAACAUCAUAAUUGAAGGAAGUAUAUAUGGUCUAUAAUAAUCCAUACAGUCAGCCAUUAAAUAAUAAAUUUGCAAUAUGUCAAGAGUUAGACUCAACUACUUCGCUUUGUUCAAAAUGUCCAAACAACUAUUUUUUGAAUGAAUUCAAUUAAUGUGAACAAUGUCCAACUGGAUGUAUAUGUGGUCAAAGGGGAACAUGUCAGUACUGCAUGGAUGGAUACUAUUAUAGUCCAGUAGCUAAUGAGAAAACAGCCACAGUUACUGCGGGUUAGAGAUUGCAAAGUGGAUUUUAUCAAUAUGGUAGAAUAAUCAAUAUUAUAAAUUAUAUAGGAAGUGGUAGUUGUGUGAAAUGUAACGAUCCAAAUGCCAUAUAAUGCACUUCCUCCUUCUCAUCUUCAUGUGCAUAAGGAUAUUAUAUGAAUACGGCUUAGACUGAAUGUGUGGCUUGCAAUCCUGAAUGUAGUGCUUGCAAAACUUCCGCUGGCAAUUGCACAGAUUGUUAAAAUGGAUAUUACUUAUAGAAUUCAAGUUGUCUACUCUGCAAUGGUAACACUAUAUAAGAUAUCAUUUGUUUGGAUUGUAUUCAAAGUGGGUAUUGCUUAUAAUGUGCUGCAAAUUUGUAUUUAUCUAAAGGAUAAUGCUAUACUUGUAGUGAAGGUUGUGUUUAAUGUACAAAUAGCUCAUGUAUAAUGUGUAAUAAUGGAUAUUAUUUGAAAUCAGGAUCUUGUUAAAGUUGCGAUUAAAAUGUUCAAUAUUGUGAUGAUGACACUGGAAUUCCUACUUAAUGCAUUUAGGGAUACUUAUUGGUUGCUGAUAUUAAUAAUUCCAAUAAUCUAGUGUGCAGUUAAAAUACUAACAAUUGUAUGAUGAUGGUCAAUAGUGGUUAAUCAUGCUCUAAAUGUUCUUCAAAUUACGUUUUAUAUAAAGGAACAUGUGUAGAAUGUUAAGGGAAUAUUCCAGGAUGCACUGCUUGUACUGAUAACAAUACUAAUUUGGUUUGCUCCUCUUGCUCUUCUAAUAACUAGAAUGGUAACAAUUAUUAUUUGGAUGUUAAUAACAAUGGCUGCACUCUUUGUAAUAAAGGAUGCUUAACAUGUUCAUCAACUGCAUGUAAUUCUUGUCUAAUUGGCUAUUAUUUAUCUAAUGGAUAAUGUGUGCAAUGCUAGUAACAAGCUUGCUAAACUUGUAACUCAUAAUCUUGCCAAACAUGUCAACCAGGUUACUAUUUAAAAUAAGUUGAUGGCUAAAAUACUUGUAUGCUUUGCCCUUAUGGUUGCUCCAACUGUAACCCCAAUGGGUAGCAAUGUUCAGAAUGUUUACCUAGUUUUGUUUUAAGAAAUAAUGGUUGCACAAUUGGAACCAUCUUCUGUGCUGAGUACAAUGAGUUUGGAGUUUGUAAGACUUGCAUGUACGGUUUCGCCCUUAGAAAUAAUAUUUGUGUUUCUUGUAUUGAUUUCACAAGUGGAGUAUCAAUAUUGAUAUAACAUUAGUACGUAUGCGGAGAAAAUGCAGAACCCUGUAAUAGUUUUAUUCUUGUAGCCAUCCUCUUGAUUUUGUUUCUUAAUUGA